GUGACAGAGUGACUGAGUGACCGAGACAAGCCCUGAGGCCUGAAGAAAGGUGUUAUGCAGGAGAAAGCCCAGAGGGAAGAUGGCUUGGGGGGCGGGGGGUGGAGAAUAUAGGCAGUCCCCCGUUGCGGGGCUGAGAUCCACCCACCGUCAGGGAGAUUCGGAGGUGCAGGUGCUUAACACCAAGAGGCACUGUCCCUAAGGGGUGUGCCCAGGCCGCACCUGACCCGCCCGCCACCAGCAGCCAGGGGCAGAAGAGGAAAAGAGCGCCCCUUCGGUCCAGCCAUGAGGCUCAUCCUGUGGCUCCCGGUUUUGGUGGUGGUUCUGUUGAUGGUUUUGGAAGGUCCAGCCCCGGCCCAGGGGGCCCCAGAUAUCGCCGGCACCUUCAGGAACAUCCCCAAUUCGCUGAAGGAGUUUGGUAACAACCUGAAGGACGCCUUCGAGAACAUUCCUGAGGCGACCCGGAAAUUAAUGACCUCCUUUGCUGAAGGGCUCAAAAAUUUCAGAAUUCCCGUGGUCUGAAUACCAAGAGAGCUGCCUCUGUCCUCUGGGCUGUGCCCCAGGAGGGGGCUCCAAAAUUUCCCAUACCCCGGCUCUCAGCAGGAGGACUUUGUGAUGUCCAUAUCGACCCCACCCUCCAAUAAAAAUACCAUAGAGAA